AUAUGUAAAUUCCAUCGCUACUUCACAGAUAAAUAUACGCGAAUAUUUACAAAAAAAAACAUUGAAACAUAAUAUAUCCUGUCAGGAGCACGAGGAGUAUCAAAUUACACUCAACAGCGUUUCAUUUUCAUUCAAUCGAGUCGAUGGCUAGCAAAGGCACGCCGAAAAAACACUACGCAAAAGGAGAAUUUUCUGUAAUUUCACGCUGCAGACUUUGGAAUUGUGUUGCCAACCCAAAACACAGCAAGAGUCUGUUUCUAAAGAAGAACCAGGCGAUUUUACUCAACGCUGAGGAAAUUUUUGGUGACAAGUUGCCACAGGAAAGCGAUCACCCUGCUCACAUUUGUGCGCCUUGUGAGAGAAGGCUAAACAAUGCCAUUCAGUUUAAAAAAAUAAUAGCAGCGACUCAAAAAACCAUAGCUGAAAAUCUACGCACGAAACGUUGUGCGAAUAUAUCACCUAUGAUAUCACCGAAUGUUGUACGGCCCACAAAAGUGCUAGCUGCUGGAAGUUCACGUCGACGAAGCAUCGAUUUUAAUGUGACAUCUGAUGAUACUCAAAGUUCAUCCCGAAUACUAGAUUCCCUGGCGUUGGUAGAUGCAUCCUCAUCUGUUCUUAAUCAGGCGAACAAAGAACUCAUUGAGGUUGCAAGAAGAUGCAAUCCAUCAGUCCUGAGGCAGAGAUCAUUUGAUGGCUUGAGUUCCGAAACAUGGAUGUCAGAACUGAUAAGUGAGAUGACAACAAGGUGUCCAAUGUCUCAUCAAAUUCUUUCCGGGCUGUUGGAAACUACCAUUGAUCCAGAGAAGAGGAAUCCUGCUUUGUGCUUAAUUUAUGGUAUCAUAAUGUUCUUAAGAUGUCAUGAAUUAAGCAAAAUACAGAGAAUUAAUUCAGUUUUGCUCAUUCAAGGACAAGCGUCUGCUAAUGUAAGUUAUUCUUAAUGUAACAGUUUUGUGCUUAUAUCUCUAGGUUAACUGAUAGUACAAUACAGUAUGCUGUCAUGCAGUUGAUGAACAGAAUUUUUACAAUUGUUAUUUUACCCUAAGUGA